GCUUCGCACUCGGCUACGGUUUUGUGAGUUGGGGGGAUGGGGCCGUGCCGAGGAUGAUCGACUUCGAAUAUUUAGCAAAUCUAACAAUUUCCCAAUUUAUAUUCCCUUAUUUUGUACCGAACUACUUUUCCAUCACGCAUGACUUUCGGUUGGAACUCACCAACUUGAAGUGGAGUAUUUUUACGCCCACGACAGUGGUUUAAAAGUCGACAAAAUGUAUCCCACUGCUGGAGCUACAGAGAUGUUUGAGGGGCCUCGUUCUUCUGGGUCAGCCAGCUCUGACCCACCGUCAUCCCCAGUGCCAGAAUAUGUGUUCAAGCCACCCUCGAGGCCCGACUUUGGCACCAUGGGCAGGACAAUCAAGCUUCAGGCCAAUUUCUUUGAGAUGGAAAUCCCCAAACUGGAAGUGUACCAUUAUGACAUUGACAUCAAGCCAGAGAAAUGCCCUCGGAGGGUCAACCGUGAAAUUGUGGAGCACAUGGUCCAGCACUUUAAAACUCAGAUCUUUGGGGAUCGAAAGCCGGUGUAUGAUGGCAGGAAGAACUUGUACACUGCCAUGCCCUUGCCCAUAGGCAGAGACAAGGUGGAACUCGAGGUGACCAUUCCAGGGGAGGGCAAGGACCGCAGCUUCAAAGUAUCCAUCAAGUGGGUGUCGUGCGUUAGCCUGCAAGCCCUGCACGAGGCGCUGUCAGGCCGGCUACCCAGCGUCCCCUUUGAGACCAUCCAAGCUCUGGAUGUCGUCAUGAGACAUUUGCCCUCUAUGAGGUAUACUCCAGUGGGUCGUUCUUUCUUCACUCCCUCAGAAGGCUGUUCAAACCCCCUGGGUGGUGGCAGAGAGGUGUGGUUUGGCUUCCACCAAUCUGUCAGGCCUUCGCUUUGGAAAAUGAUGCUCAAUAUUGAUGUUUCCGCCACCGCGUUCUAUAAAGCUCAGCCUGUAAUUGAGUUCAUGUGCGAGGUCUUGGAUUUCAAAAGCAUUGAAGAACAACAGAAGCCAUUAACAGACUCUCAAAGAGUUAAAUUUACCAAAGAAAUUAAAGGCCUGAAAGUGGAGAUCACACACUGUGGACAGAUGAAAAGAAAAUACAGAGUGUGCAAUGUGACCAGAAGACCUGCCAGCCAUCAAACGUUCCCCCUGCAACAGGAAAACGGCCAAACGAUUGAAUGCACCGUGGCGCAGUACUUCAAAGAUAAGUACAAACUCAUCCUGCGAUACCCCCACCUGCCAUGUCUACAAGUGGGGCAGGAGCAAAAGCACACCUACCUGCCUCUAGAAGUGUGUAACAUCGUUGCGGGACAGCGCUGCAUCAAAAAACUGACAGACAAUCAGACCUCCACGAUGAUCCGUGCCACUGCUAGAUCAGCACCUGACCGUCAGGAUGAAAUUAGUAAACUGAUGCGAAGCGCCAAUUUCAACACGGACCCGUACGUCCGCGAAUUUGGCGUGAUGGUGAGGGACGAGAUGACGGAAGUGAACGGCCGUGUCCUCCAAGCACCCUCCAUUCUGUAUGGAGGCAGGGUAUGUCCAUCAGCAGUUGUAAGUACAGUGAUGGCUAAAGAUGGCUUCCCGGGAAUAUUGCGACAUUGUCGCUUUUAUUGUCCUUUCCAGAACAAGGCCAUCGCCACGCCAAUCCAGGGCGUGUGGGACAUGAGGAACAAGCAAUUCCACACGGGCAUCGAAAUCAAAGUAUGGGCCAUUGCGUGCUUCGCGCCACAGAGACAGUGCACUGAACUCUUACUCAAAGCAUUCACAGAUCAGCUCAGGAAGAUCUCCCGCGAUGCAGGCAUGCCCAUUCAGGGUCAGCCGUGCUUCUGUAAAUACGCGCAGGGCGCCGACAGCGUGGAGCCCAUGUUCAGACAUCUCAAGUAUACGUACCAGGGCCUCCAGCUGGUUGUAGUCAUCCUACCAGGGAAGACGCCCGUCUACGCUGAAGUGAAACGUGUAGGAGACACGGUCCUCGGUAUGGCCACGCAGUGCGUGCAGGUGAAGAACGUUCAGAAGACGACACCGCAGACGCUCUCCAACCUCUGCCUGAAGAUCAACGUCAAGCUCGGGGGCGUCAACAACAUCCUGCUUCCUCAGGGACGGCCGUUGGUAUUUCAGCAGCCCGUCAUCUUUCUUGGCGCUGAUGUCACUCAUCCUCCUGCAGGAGAUGGAAAGAAGCCCUCUAUUGCAGCUGUUGUAGGCAGCAUGGACGCUCAUCCCAGUCGAUACUGCGCCACCGUUCGCGUCCAGCAGCACCGACAGGACAUCAUCCAAGACCUGGCCACCAUGGUCAGAGAGCUGCUUAUCCAGUUCUACAAGUCCACCCGCUUCAAGCCCACCAGAAUCAUCUAUUACCGUGAUGGCAUCUCUGAGGGCCAGUUCAACCAGGUUCUUCAGCACGAACUGCUUGCAAUCCGAGAAGCCUGCAUCAAGCUGGAGAAGGACUACCAGCCUGGUAUCACCUUUGUAGUAGUCCAGAAAAGACACCAUACCAGGCUCUUCUGUACAGACAGAAAUGAAAGGGUUGGAAAGAGCGGCAACAUUCCCGCGGGCACAACAGUAGACACCAAAAUCACUCACCCAUCCGAAUUUGACUUCUACCUUUGCAGUCAUGCUGGCAUACAGGGUACCAGCAGGCCAUCUCACUACCACGUGCUCUGGGACGACAAUCACUUCUCUUCUGACGAGCUGCAAGUGCUCACCUACCAGCUGUGCCACACCUACGUGCGCUGCACCCGUUCCGUUUCCAUCCCGGCGCCCGCCUAUUACGCUCACCUCGUGGCUUUCCGCGCCCGCUAUCACUUGGUGGACAAAGAGCACGACAGUGCCGAGGGUAGUCACACAUCAGGUCAGAGCAACGGGCGUGACCAACAGGCCUUGGCCAAAGCUGUUCAGAUCCACCAGGACACCCUGCGCACGAUGUACUUCGCCUGAGAGUUCAGGGCGCCGCCGGGUCGGCGUGGGUGCGAGAACCCCCUCACCCCACCCCCACUGAGGCAACACACUACCUUGCUGUCGGCUGUGUGCUUUUACUGUGUGAUGUCCCUUUCUAAAGCACCUGGCAGGUACCCGAGCCUAACCCACUGUCUGUAAGUUGCAAAACAAGCCCUCUCUAUGGUGAGCUAUAUAUAUAUAUAUAUAUAUUUGUAUAUGUUGUGAGAAAAUAUGUCGCAAAGUAUGAAAGGAAUAUUAUUCCAAAUGGUGCUUUAUGGAUUAGGACAAGCACCUCAACUCCCUCUGUUUUUCUUUUUUAAAUUCUAUUUGAGGGGGCAUUUUCAUUUGCUCCUCAGAUGCGUAUUACUCAACAGCCAAUCGAAGUGCACUCUCAAGAAAGGGUACUUAAAAAUGCAAGUGCUCAAGACUUUCACAUCAGGCACUAUAAGAAAGACGGAAGUGCCAUUACGAGACCACCUUCGAUCAUGUUUGUUUUACUAUUUGAUCCACGUCUUUUUUUCUAGUAUUUGUCCCCGGUGAUCAUGCUAUGCCAAAUCUGGGACAAUUAACCAUUUUAGGUCUUGAUAUCAACUCUUGAACCGACACUUAAAAUAUUCCAGGGCUCUUAAUAUUUUCAUAGAUACAACAUAGCUAUUUGUUUUAAUGAGUUUUUUUUCUCGCAACCCAACGGCCGUGCUGAAAUCAUGUAUUGGGACCGGUUCCCAGAAAACAUACCUUUUUUUUUUUUAAUGUACUCUGAGCCGUGUUUAUAAGACGCACGAUGUACAAAUCAAUGCAGGGAGCGGAAACAAUAAUUUUCUUUGCUCCCUUGUUUUUAUAGAAUGUUUUUAAUUUCAGUUAAACUUUCUAACCAAUAUGCAUGUUUUAGAAACUUAGAUUCCCCCCCCCCCCUCCCAUAUGUUGUUGCGGCGUUUCCAUAGCGAUGCAUUUGGUACAGUAGCCUCAAAGUUGCAACAUUUCCGAGAUGAAAUUCUUUCUAAAAACAACCGAAAGCAUUUUUGUCGCACGCCGGCAUUGUUUUAUGCAAAACGACUUUUCUCUCGAGUCUUUUAAUGAUGAAGAAACUCGGCUGUAUUUUGAAUAAAUCUUCAGUGGAGACUGCCGAAAUAGGAGAAAAAAAGAAAUUCAACCGGCCCAAGAGAUCAUUUUAAGUAACACUAUUUGUGUAUAGAGUCCAAUGAAAAUAUUCUCUUGCCUUUCAAGACUGUUUACGGUCAUUCUAUAGACAUUUUCUAUUGUCCACUUUUAUCAAGUUUAAGCUAGCGAAUGUUCAUUGUCUCGAAUGGGGUGGAUGUCGUCUCAACUUCGAACUAUGCAUUGUUUUUAACCACGAGAUUUAGCGGAGGUGACAUCUCACCUCAAUCUGGAGGUUUUUUUUAUCGAUGUAGAUAGCGCAUUUAGUAGUUUGGAAUCAUGUGGCUUUUAGUCGUGUCGCUUUUUUUGCGCGGUCCUUUGGAACGAUUUUUAUAGCUUGACAAUUGGGCCUGCUCUCAGCCAAAUAAGAUUACAAAAAACCUCUCACGAUAAUGACUCAAAAGCACAAAAAGAACCCUGUGCGAGAUGUUUUCACUGUAAACCACCAUCACUGGACCGGCCCACGCGGUGUAGUUUUUAAAUGUUUUUUUUUUUAUCCCCAGAUGUGUGUUUUGGAAGGAAAACAAUUGAGACUUAUUCUUCCCAUCUUACUAGCAGAAAUCCGACCGACUGUGUUUGCGGGGCAUUCAGAACACCACGUACUUGAUCUUUCCUGUUGAUGUCAAUCUCGUACUUAUCGGUGCUCGUCUCAUAGCAUGUACACGUGGAUGCACUUUUGAUAGCAUAGCAUUGGUAUGUGCUCCAGUGGAUUAUGUGUGAGUGUAUCUAUCUGUGUGAGAGAAACGGGAGUCUUGGCCAUAUUGUGACACUGGUGUAAUUGUACGGAAAUGGCCUCGUGUUCUACCUCUUGUUACCUGUUCAAGUGUUAUGGUAACAUCACACUGCCGGCCAUUUCUGCAUAAUUGCCCUUGCUAUCAAUCUAAAUGGCAUUGAUUUUGAUUUUAGGUGCGUCCUGUUUUUUUUUUUUUUUGGUACGUGUUUGUAUUGUCAUAGUUCAACUCAUAAUGCGGAGCGGGGUUGUGUUUUUAUUUCCUGAAGGGGCUUUAGCAUCGAGCUGCAAGACCAAAUUCUUGAACUGCGUCGCUACUCGCUCACAGCUUUUCCUUUUAUCGAUUUUUCUCUAUGCACAGUGACGCAGACGUUUUUCUUUUUAUUUGCCACCCUGAUCCAUUUCGACACAGAGCAAUUCAAUCACGGCUUGUGAGACAUUUUGAAAUGAAGUGUGCCGCAUCAGAGGAAAAAAGAACUGGAAUUUAUUUAGCUGUAGCUUUCAGACAGUGUCCAUUUACAGUCAGUUAUUUGCAUGGCCACAACAAUGCCAUCUAGCCGUUGGUUGCUCCGCCCCUUGUAUACCUCUAGUUUGGCAAACCCAAAUUUGUAAAUUGACCUCAACCCCCUCUCCCCUCAUCAUUCCAUCUAUCCGCAUCUCUUAACGCAGAGCCAUGGCCAGGAAGAGUUUUGAUGGGCAGUGUGAAAGUGUCUCUUUCCCAAAAGGGUUUGUACUUGUUUGUCUCGUCUUGGUGUUUUGACUUGACCUACUACUAUACCAGCACCUUAGAAUGCCAGAACGUAAUCGCGUUUCCUUGAAAUAUAUCAAGUCCAACCUUUUUGAUGAUGUUUGUUUUGCACUAAAACAAGAAUGGAUUUUGUAGCUUCUUGCAGCAUUUAGCCUCUUUGUAUUGAGAAAGAAAGCAGUCCGUUGGCUUCCUUCGCUGAGCAGGCCCAAGCCAAAAAAUAGCCUUAGCCCCGACAGCGACAAACUCCGCCAGCAGUUUUCCCCCCAAAUAUCCCGAUGCUUUUUCAAACGUUUACCACGUGUGGCGCCUUGCCGUUACGACAGCAGAGAAGUUGAAUUGGCAUUCAAUUUAACAUGAAUUUGAUCCAAAUCAACACCAGAUUCAACAAAAAUGGCAGCUGGUUAAAUGUGGCACAGCUUUGUAAGUACAGCCACCAGGGCUGCAUACAUCCUUUUUCUUUUUUUUUUAAUCAUUAUUUACAUUUUGCAUACAUUUAAUUUAAAUGCACAUAUUCACCUUAGUUGGACUGCUUUGUGGGUGUCCCUCAACUCGGACAGACAGACCAACCCGCGAAACAUAAGCUAACCAAAAGGUCAUUUCCCGAUAGCAGCUCUUUGUUACUGGUACAAAUGAGUUGGUGUGGACAAGAACAUUUUUGUUUAGCAGACUAGCAGGCAGGUUCUGAGCGACGCUAGAAGGUCUAGUAUAUAUCAAUUAGGUGCCCGCGUCCUUACCGUUGGGUAGUCAUUUAUCUCCUCUCUGUGCUCGCGCUCCGACGCUACGACCCACUUUCCUUGCUUCAGGUAACAAUGAAUGUAUUUAUAGCUCCUGCGUGGUUUGUAAUAUGAUGUCGUUUAGCCACCUUUUUACAUUUCCAAUUAGAUUCUCGUGUAUGGCCUAUUUUUGUAUUCCUCUGGGGAUUGUUCUCUUAUUUAUAGGUGAUCUUGGUUCUUAAGUCAGAUUCAUUGUUGACUAGGUGUGCUCCCCCCACCCCACCCCCUUUUUUUUUGCAGAACUAUACAUUACACGUUUUCAUGUUAGUGGACUCCAAGUCCCAAAUGGAUUUUUAUUUUGUAUAAGCAGUUUGUGUAUGUAUGAUGGUUGUUUAGACGUAUAGCUUUGUGAAACUUAGCCCGCAGUCUCGAUACUGCUGCCCUCUUUAAAAGCUUUGCCCGACUUCUACUCACUUUUAUUGUUUUGGUUGACGACUCACUCUCUUAUUAUAUAUAUAUAUAUAUAUUUUAUUAUUUGGUGAUUGUAUAACGCCACAGCUUUAUUUCCUGUCUGAUUGAAACAGCACAACUUGUCGGAAAGUGUCAUUUUAGUCCACCCAAUUCUCCAAAGCCACAUGGUCCUGUUUUGUUUCCCGUCUGGUUGUGUUAAUGAUUGACUUGAAUGUUCAAAGCAGUCAGCACAAAUUAUAAGAAGACUUUUUUUUUUUUUCCCUCUUGUAUUUGAAAAGCAUUUUAAGAACCGUGUGGCUUCUUUUUACCAGCGUGGGGGGAAAAAUAAUAAUAACCUACCUCAGAGGAUAGUGCGGUGCUAGCUAACAUAUUAGCCCUGAGUUAUGAUAACGGAAAGAAAAUCCCAAAUUGUAGUGAGAAAUCCAAGUUUAUAUCACGUGCGAGAACUGUUAGAUUGAGAAGCAAAGCAUUGGAUAUGCUAAGGGACCAGAUUUUAAGGGAAGGCGCUUCAUACAAGAACGGAUUUACACUGUAGGUGCAAGUUCCCAAUUUUUUUCUUUUACACUUAGAUUUCAAGUGAAACUUCUCAGACGAAACAACAAGCCCCGCUAGAUAAGCAAACAAUAAUAAACGAUAUUUUGACCAGAUUCAAUCUUUUAUGUUUUUGUUAAGAUGUUGACAUAUGUUCAGAAUUUGAUAUGUAUCAAAAUACUAACCACUUUUUAAUUUCUAUUCAAGUCAAUUGAGUAUUAUUUUUAUUUUUUUAAAGCUAUUUAUUGUGCAAUUUGAAAAUAAAAUAUCAAAAUCAUCACUUGAACCACACAGUGUAAAUCCAACCGGUGACGUGGACAUCAGGAGUAAUAGAACCACUUUCACCAUUACCAAUAUUCCAUUACUGGCCAAUCAGCAUAAAAUGUUGAAACACUACAACUAACUGACCCUUUAAAAUGGAAAUCAAACUGAAGUGACUGCUUAGUCGAAACGAGGCUUCGUAAGUUUUCACGCUGAACUUUGAUGGUGUGUUGUCAAUACCAGUCAGUGUUGGUAACCGCCAUCUUUUUUUAUUUUAUUUUAACCACCGUGUUAGAAUGAAAAGCUUUCCUGCUGCCACUGUCCAGCCAGUACCGCAAUAAAAACACAUUUCCGUUUGCUACUCACUACCAUGGUCCACAGCCAAGCAAUCCAUCGUAAACUAACCGCUCAAUUCUCCGAGUCCCGCUGCCGCUCUGCCGUUUUCUUUGUUUUCUUUCCUAGACGCGGCAAUUCUGGCCCAUAAAUGCUGCAUAUAGAACGAUCAGUAUUUGUGUUUUGCACUUUCGAAGCAGUCUCCAACACGGCCCGCUUGAAGUCGGCCUCAACGUAACGAAAGAACUGACGAGGUAUCUGAUGCUCUCAGUAGGAAAAUGAAUUUUCAUCAAAUAAAAUAAAGUCGCAAUAUGAUGAUAUAUAUAUAUACAGUAUAUAUAAAUCUAUACAUCCAUUCAUGAAGUACCUCAUAAGCCUGAUAUAUGCUGCAUUGACUUAUUUCUUUAGUGUACUUCAUUAUGUCCAAUAAAAUUCCAAAUACUCCCCCACCCCACCCCCGUGGGGAGAUUUAAAUUCAACAGGUUGUGGCGCAUUACUUUUCGACGACAAUCACUCAAAACUAAACUCCAUUUUGUGAGAAAUAUUUCAUGGCUGCUUCCUAAUCGCUGCCAUUAAAAAUUUGGUGAAAUAAUAUCGAAACAUUUCAUCAACAUAACAAAAAAUAGAUUAAACACCUCCUUUGCAGCCAUGUUGAUUUAAACCUCCCUUCAUUUGUGUGUUCUAUUGUAUUAUCUUCUCCCUUCUUUCAACCAUGACAUGCCAAAAGUGAAUUUGCAGUCAUUCCUAUUCUGAUAUAGGGAGGGAUGGAGUGGGGUCUUUAUAUAUUGCUCAUUUUCAAUUCCUUCAUCCACUCGCUAAGCUCCUUUUUCGGGGUGUUGUAAAGUUUGUAAAGCUUUUGAUUUCUGUUGUGUAAUUUUUUUUUUUUUUUUUUUGGUCAAUGCUUACAGAACACAAGACAUGCUGUAAAACCCUGUUAGGACACAAUGUGAAUACGCAUCACUUCAUGUAGUUCUCUCUUUGGCUUAACUGUAAGUUACAUUAAUAAAAAGGCAAAAAAAUUAGAACGUUGGAAAUUUUUCUUUUGUCUAAAUGAUGUGCCAUCAUCUUGGUGCUUUUAUUUUAGGUUAGUCAUUUUUCCCCCCCUCUUCUAGUGUUGCACUAAUAUUAAUAUUUGUUUCAGCCAAAUAUCCCCCCAAAAUGCUUAGUUGAUUUAUUAACAAUAAAAUAACGAUGAAAUGCAAUCACCUUUAUUCAUCUUAAAUUUGACGAUAAAAAUGUAGAAACAAAUCUUUUGACAUGGGAUGAUGUAUGAAAACAGGUUCAGCAGGCAGCAGGUUUUCUACAUUGUGGCACCGGGAUCGAAAUAGAGAUGAAAAAUGGAACUAGUUACAAUAAAUAGACGUACGCUUAACUGAACUGAUUUUCUGCGGUCUAAAAGAGCUUUGCCCUUAAGGUUGUCGUGUCCAACUUAGAACACGUUGGCUUGAAGUUGAGGACAGUGUGAAGGUCAUGUCCUUCAGACAGACAAGCAGGCAGAAUGGUUGGUGACAGCAAAAGAAGACUACGACAUUGAACGACAAAAAAUAUGAACCGUGUUUGAUCAUGAAUAACGAUUUACACACCCCAAAAAAAAAAAACUAGUAUCGCCAGUGAUUUGAAAUAUGCUAAUAUUAACACAGGUUGAGACAUGGACUGCUAGCUGA